CCCCCGGUUUACUGAGCGGUAGAGUAACACGAAGCCGACGAAGGAAGAGGGCAUACACAACCCUAAUCCAUUCCAUUUUCCUUUCUUUGUUUCUCCUCGAUUUCUGAUCUUUUGGGAGCGCGAAGAUGCCGCAGGUUCGGAUCAUCGCGAAAAACUUCAUGGACCUGGUGGCGGCUUUGCCUGCCAUGAAACUGGACAAACUGUAUGAGAGCACUUUCAUCUGCGAAGCUGUCCUCAGAUCUCUGCCACCGAUGGCUAAGAGGUAUGUCUUGCAAAUGCUGUAUAUUGAUACCCUAAUAACAGCCAAGUCGAUGGAAGAAUGGUUGCUUCCAGAUGGGCUUUCCAAACACAAAGUGGCUAUUGAUAGGUUGCUUCAGCUGAGGGUUUUCCUUGAAGUUACUGAUAGAAAGAAGGAGACAAGUUACAAGAUAAACCCGAAGUUCCAAAGCAAUAUCCAAAAGUACUUGGUGAGCGGUGGGACUUUACCCAGAGAGCCGAUGCCUUUGAGCAUCACAGUCAGACUGCCAACUUUGGAGGAUCUAGAGACCUAUGCCUCUGAGCAAUGGGAGUGCUUCUUGUUGCAGCUUAUAAAUUCAGCUCAGGCAGAAAAGUUGACGAGCUUCAGUUCUUCUAUGAUUAAGGUUUUCCAGCGAGGCCUUUUGAGUGCCAGGGAAAAUGAACCUCCAAAGUUAACUGAGAAUGGCUUCCAGUUCCUUCUGAUGGAUACAAAUGCCCAACUUUGGUAUAUAAUAAGAGAAUACAUCUCAACUGCUGAGGAUCGUGGAGUUGAUCCCACGGAUCUAAUAUCAUUCCUUCUUGAGCUGAGCUUUCAUACCCUUGGCGAGGCUUACAACUUGAAUACUUUGACUGAUGUUCAACGAAUUGCUAUUAAAGACCUUGCAGAUCUGGGACUAGUCAAACUUCAACAGGGCAGGAAAGAGAGCUGGUUCAUACCUACUAAAUUGGCUACUAAUCUUUCAGCAAGCUUCACAGAUUCGUCAUCAAACAAGGAGGGAUUUGUCGUUGUGGAAACAAACUUCAGAAUGUAUGCAUACUCGACAUCUAAAUUGUACUGUGAGAUUCUACGUCUCUUUUCAAGAAUCGAAUAUCAACUUCCAAACCUCCUUGUUGGAGCUAUUACAAAAGAAAGUUUGUAUAACGCUUUUGAGAAUGGGAUUACAGCUGAUCAGGUUGAGCAUUACCAGUUUUGUUAUUACUUACUAUACUUAUUUACAACAUUAUGUGUUUUCUGUAAUAACCUGAUUGAUUCACUACUGUUAUAUAGGAUCAUCAUCUGCUCUGAUUUUUUUUUGAACUUUUGCCUUUUCAGAUUAUUUGUUUUCUUCAGCAAAAUGCACAUCCUCGAGUUGCACAAAAGAUACCUGCAGUUCCAGAAAAUGUUACAGAUCAGAUUAGGCUCUGGGAAACCGAUAAAAAUAGAGUUGAGAUCACUCCUUCAUAUCUAUACGAAGAUUUUCCAUCAAAGGAAGUAUUUGAAGCAGCAUGUGAUUUUGCAAGGGAGCUGGGUGGAUUGUUGUUUGAAGAUUCAAGAACCAUGCGAUUAGUUGUUCGUGUCGAGGUGCACCAAGAGAUGCGAGAUUUUCUGCGUCGCCAGAGAUAAAACAUUGGUGGCUUAAUGAAUCCUAGAAAACUGGGGAAAUGCUCUAAUUACAAGUGUGUACAGUAAAUGUUGGUGGUCAAUUUUGACAUGCAGAGUCUUUUGUUUGGGUUAGACAUGGUGUGUAGCACAUGUUUUUAGAUUAUUAUACUAAGCUCACUAGUUAGCAAUUGAAUAUUUUGGCAGAUAGAGAAAUGACUGGA